AUGUUGUUUUAUUAUAUUAUUAUUCAAUAAUAUAUAUGUUUAAAUGUAAUCAUAGUAUUGCUGUGUGUAUUAUUACAAGCCUGAUUUGAAUGAGAAAUUUGAGUUUUAUUUUUAAUAUUAAUAAUCGUAGUUAUUUAAUAUAAACUGUAACAAAUGGAUUAUAAAGAAGAGCAACAAAAUGAAAUUGAUGCGUUAGAUUCAAUUUACUGUGGUGAAAUGAAAAUAUUAGCUAUAGAACCAUUCUAUCAGUUUGAAAUUCCAAUAAAAUCAGAUGAAUUUGAUAGUGAUCAACAUGAUAUUGGCUUGUCAUGUUGUUUGAAAUUUCAAUAUAUUGAUAAAUAUCCAGACGAACCUCCAAUUGUUGAAAUUGAUGAUGUGGUUGGUUUUGAAGAUCAAGAAAAUGAACUUUUAGAACAUUUAAUUCAGCAGGCCCAAGAUAAUGUUGGAAUGGUAAUGAUAUUUACCUUGGUAUCUGCAGCACAAGAAUGGAUGAACGAGUACUCUGACAGAGAGAAAAAACAAAAAGAACAUAAUGAAGAAAAAAGAAGAGAAAAAGAAAUUGAAGCUGAAAUGAAAAGGUUUGAAGGAACCAAAGUCACAGUAGAAUCCUUUUUGCGAUGGAAAUUUCAAUUUGAAGAAGAUAUGGGAGUUUUAAAAAAACGAAAUGAUGAAGAUAAAAGUAAAAAAAUGACUGGACGUGAAUUAUUUAUGACAGAUAAGUCAUUAAAUGAAUCUGACUUAAAAUUCUUAGAAGAAGGUGAUUCAAUCAAAGUUGAUGAAUCAUUAUUUGAAGAAAUAGAAGAUUUAGAUUUGGAGGAUGAAGAAAGUAGUGAAAAUGAUGAUUAAAAUAAAUUUUAAAUGCUAAUAAUUAUGUUAAUUUUUUGUCUCAAAUUGUACUAUUAUUUAAGGAUAAGUAUAAAGUAAAUUCUUAUUAAAGUUAUUGAAGAAAGUAA